AAGAAGAGAUCCAGGACGAGAGAGAGAGAGAGAGAGAGAGAGAGAGAUGCAGAGCCUUGGGACGCGCAGGGUUAACCACCAGAACGACGCCGUCGCCGUCGCCGUCGCCGGCGCCGCCUCCACGCUGCCUCUCUACCGCUCGGCGCCGCCGCUCGAGGUCAGGCUCGAGGACUUCGAGGCCUUCGCCGUCGAUCGCCUCCGAGUUCUCAAGGCGAUCUCCGAUGGAUUGUCCCGAGGAAAGAAGCCUGAGGAGAUGAAAAACCUGGUUGAUGAACUGUUGAAAACGCACAUGAGCCAUCCUAAGCCAUCGGAGGCUGUCAACAAGGACGUCAUCUCUCAUUUCGUCCUGCGUCUCGUGUACUGUAGAACUGAGGAUUUGCGGAAGUGGUUUCUCUCGAUGGAGACGAUGCUCUUCAGAUACCGUUUCAAGCGUGAAAGUGCAGAAGCUCAGAGAGCACUUAUGGCUGAUUUCAACCUCCCCUACAAGGCAGUUAAUACUGCAGAAUUUGAGAGUGUAAAGGAUAAAUUGGGCCAGGUUGCACGUUCCAUUGGUCAGCCUCUGCUAACAGCGGAUGCUAUAUUUUACAAGGUACCUUUUGAAGAUGUUCCAGAACUUGUAGCUGGCCGCAGGGUGUAUAUUCAUCGAGGAAAUGCUUAUGUGGCUAUGAAUCAGGUGGUCUCGCUUGUUGUCACACAGUUCCGUAGUUUUCUGUCAAAGGCGCUCAUCCUGACAAACAGGAAAUGGACCUCGUCUAUCAAAGAACAAGAGAAAGAUCGCUUGACCCCUAUUGUUGAAGUUUUGUCAACGAGCUACUUGGGUCCUGAUUAUUCACAGCCAAGGGAAUCUGCUGAAAUAUCACUGAAAGAUAUAGAUCACUUGGCUAAGAGUUCCUUCCCUCUUUGUAUGCGUCACCUCUAUGAUAAGUUGAAAGAGGACCAUCAUUUAAAGCAUGGAGGGAUGCAAUUAGGUCUUUUCUCAAGUUUGUCUGUCUGUAUACAGGGAGUUGGCUUGAAGCUGGAUGAUGCACUUGCAUUCUGGAGAGCUGAAUUCUCCCAGAAGGUUGGCGCUGAAAGGUGAAAAGAGUAUGCUUAUAACAUACGACACAAUUAUGGAAGAGAAGGGAAAAGAACAGAUUACACACCGUUUUCUUGUCAAAAGGUCAUUUCAUCAACUCCUGGUGUUGGGGAUCAUCAUGGGUGUCCUUUCCGACAUUUCAGUGAAGAAAAUCUAAGGGCUGCUCUUGGUGGAAUGGGAGUAGGUAAUCGAGGAAUGGAUGACAUAAUUGACAAAGUGCGAAACCGACAUUAUCAGGUGGCGUGUACAUUAACAUUUGAAGCUGUUCAUGGAUCAUCAUGUGAUGCUGGCAUCAACCAUCCCAAUCAGUACUUUAUUGACAGCCAAAAGAUUCUGCAGUCUAAGAACCAGCCCACCACGUAAAGCAGUAGAAUCUUUGAAAGUCACUAAGAUCUGAUCAUGUUGCCUCAUUCCCAGUGUAACUCCCAGCUUCCUGGAGGUCACAAUCAUUGAGUUGUUCGUGAUUCCAAGGAAAUGCAUUCUGUUGUAAAUUCUCGACAUUGACCUGUCCUACUAAAAUCAAAUUAUAUACAUAUAAGAUCUGGUGUAUUUAUUUAUCCAGUCAGGUUAGUCUUCAGUGCAAUUAUAGUCCAUCAUACAGCAAAGCCAGUGAAAACCCUGGAUAAGUUAAAAUAUCUGGGAAUUUCUGUGCUAUUUUGUUUUAAAAUAUCUGGGAUAAGUUAAAAUAUCUGUGCUAUUUUGUUUUAAUUA